AUGCCAUCGUCAUUUUUCGGUGCAUUUGAGAUGUUCCAGUGGGCAGGAAGUGCAAUGGGAAAUCCGACUGACCCGUUGGAUGGAUGUAAAUCUUGGCUAGAAGUUAACCGUGUACUUGGCGAGUUAUGGACAGACACAUUGUCUUUGAAUUUGUACGACAACUUGCGAUCUUUUGGCGUCGUGAACCUUAUUGAUUUUGUGCGGUUUGAAGAACUUAUUGACCACAUUCUGCUGGACAUUGGCUAUUGGAAUCACAUGGAUUUCCCUGUUUAG